ACGCUCCCACAGCCCGUUGGGCAAGUGAAGCAAAAUGUCACGGGGCGGGGAGGGGGGGAACUAUUUUGAUCCCUUUCACUGGGGGGGCAGAGGGGAGGGAAGAAGUGGACCAUAGUAAAUGUCACAUGGGCCUGAAGUUAGUGUCCCUCCGAGCGUGGACAGUGUUUGCUGGACUCUGCCUCUCUGUUUGAGCUGGAGCAAAUGUGGACGGCGAGCUGCUGCGAGCCACUGGUUCUCCUGCUCAAGGAGCCCAUGGGACAGCUGGAUCUGUGGAAGGACUGGAGGAUGGAGGACGAGGCAGUACUGGAUAGAGGGGCUUCCUUCCUUAAACAUGUAUGUGAUGAAGAAGAAGUGGAAGGGCACCACACGAUUUACAUCGGGGUCCACGUGCCGAAGAGCUACAGGAGGAGGAGGCGUCACAGGAGAAGACCUGGGCACAAAGAAAAGAAAGAAAAGGAGAAAAUCUCAGAGAACUACUCGGACAAAUCAGACGUAGAGAACGCCGAUGAGACGAGCAGCAGCAUCCUUAAACCACUCAUCUCCCCUGCUGCCGAACGCAUCCGCUUCAUCCUCGGAGAGGAAGAUGACAGCCCGGCGCCCCCGCAGCUCUUCACCGAGCUGGAUGAACUCCUGGCCGUCGACGGACAGGAGAUGGAAUGGAAGGAGACUGCAAGGUGGAUCAAGUUUGAGGAGAAGGUAGAACAAGGUGGGGAGCGAUGGAGCAAACCGCACGUGGCCACCUUGUCCCUGCACAGCUUGUUCGAGCUGAGGACGUGUAUAGAGAAGGGCUCCAUAAUGCUGGACAUGGAGGCCUCUUCCCUGCCACAGGUGGUGGAGAUGAUCGUUGACAAUCAGAUCGAGACGGGGCUGCUGAAACCCGAACUGAAGGACAAGGUCACCUACACGCUGCUCAGGAAGCACCGGCACCAGACCAAGAAAUCCAACCUGCGCUCGCUGGCUGACAUUGGAAAGACCGUCUCCAGUGCAAGUAGGAUGUUUUCCAACCCCGAUAAUGCACGCAGCCCGCUCGAGAGCUCCGUGCCCUGCCUGGCCACCCGCACCUUGGAUGAUGAACUGGGAGUGCAGCGCAGCCCCAGCGUGGGAUGGCUCAGCAGCCCAGCCAUGGCUCACCGAAACCUGACUUCCACCAGCCUGAACGACAUCUCAGACAAGCCUGAGAAGGACCAGCUGAAGAAUAAAUUCAUGAAGAAGUUGCCCCGUGACGCCGAGGCCUCCAACGUGCUGGUGGGGGAGGUGGAUUUCCUGGAGAGCCCCUUCAUCGCCUUCGUGCGGCUGCAGCAGGCCGUCAUGCUGGGAGCGCUCACCGAGGUCCCCGUGCCCACCCGAUUUCUCUUCAUUCUGCUGGGACCGAAGGGCAAAGCAAAGUCCUACCAUGAGAUCGGCCGAGCCAUCGCCACGCUGAUGUCGGAUGAGGUAUUCCAUGACAUUGCCUAUAAAGCCAAGGACAGGCAGGACCUGAUUGCGGGCAUCGAUGAGUUUCUGGAUGAAGUCAUUGUGCUCCCCCCCGGGGAAUGGGAUCCAGCCAUUAGGAUAGAGCCCCCCAAGUCUCUCCCUUCUUCAGAUAAGAGGAAAAACAUGUACUCGGGCGGGGAGAACCUGCAGAUGAACGGGGACACCCCUCACGACGGCGGGCACGGCGGCGGCGGCCACGGGGACUGCGAGGAGCUGCAGCGCACGGGCAGAUUCUGUGGGGGCUUGAUCAAAGACAUCAAGAGAAAAGCACCAUUCUUCGCCAGCGACUUCUACGACGCUUUAAACAUCCAGGCCCUCUCAGCCAUCCUCUUCAUCUACCUGGCCACUGUCACCAACGCCAUCACUUUUGGGGGAUUGCUUGGGGAUGCUACGGAGAACAUGCAGGGGGUCUUGGAGAGCUUCCUGGGCACGGCCGUCACCGGAGCCAUAUUUUGCCUUUUGGCUGGUCAGCCCCUCACCAUUCUGAGCAGCACAGGGCCCGUCCUGGUCUUUGAGCGACUCCUCUUCAACUUCAGCAAGGACAAUGGCUUUGACUACCUGGAGUUCCGCCUCUGGAUCGGCCUCUGGUCAGCCUUCCAGUGUCUCAUUCUCGUGGCCACCGACGCCAGCUUCCUCGUCAAGUACUUCACCCGCUUCACUGAAGAAGGGUUUUCCUCCCUGAUCAGCUUCAUCUUCAUUUAUGAUGCUUUCAAGAAGAUGAUCAAGCUGGCAGAUCAUUAUCCCAUCAACUCCGAGUUCAAGGUGGACUAUAUCACACAUUACUCUUGUGCCUGUAAACCAGUAGAUCCAGUUAAUAGCUCGUUCCUUAACAGGACAGCGAUGCUGUCAGAUGAUGAGCUGGUCUAUUCCUCCUCUGACAUGGGCAACACCACCAUCGACUGGGCUGCUCUGACAGCCAAGGAGUGCUUGAAAUACGGGGGAAGACUUGAGGGCAACAGCUGUGACUACGUCCCUGACAUCACCCUCAUGUCUUUCAUCCUUUUCUUCGGCACUUACACCUGCUCCAUGGCCCUCAAGAAAUUCAAGACCAGUCGCUAUUUUCCCACCACUGCCCGGAAGCUCAUCAGUGACUUUGCCAUUAUCCUGUCCAUUUUGAUUUUCUGUGGAAUAGAUGCCCUGGUUGGUGUGGACACACCAAAACUAAUUGUGCCAAGUGAAUUCAAGCCAACCAGUCCCGAGAGGGGUUGGUUUAUCCCACCUUUUGGAGGGAACCCAUGGUGGGUGUACCUGGCAGCAGCCAUCCCUGCCCUGCUGGUGACCAUCCUCAUCUUCAUGGACCAACAGAUCACCGCUGUCAUCGUCAACAGGAAGGAGCACAAGCUCAAGAAAGGUGCUGGAUAUCAUCUGGAUUUGUUCUGGGUGGCCAUUCUGAUGAUAGUCUGCUCCUUCAUGGGGCUGCCCUGGUACGUGGCUGCUACCGUCAUCUCCAUCGCUCACAUCGACAGCUUGAAGAUGGAGACGGAGACGUCAGCCCCUGGAGAACAGCCCAAGUUUUUGGGAGUGAGGGAGCAGAGAGUCACUGGAGUCAUUGUUUUCAUCCUGACCGGGGUGUCUGUCUUCAUGGCUCCCAUCCUGAAGUUCAUUCCCAUGCCUGUGCUCUACGGUGUCUUCCUCUACAUGGGUGUCGCGUCCCUCAACGGCGUGCAGUUCAUGGAUCGUCUAAAGCUGCUCUUGAUGCCUCUAAAACACCAGCCUGACUUUAUCUACCUGCGCCACGUCCCGCUGCGCAGGGUCCACCUCUUCACCUUCCUGCAGGUGGUGUGCCUGGCCCUCCUCUGGAUCCUCAAAUCCACUGUGGCUGCUAUCAUAUUCCCUGUCAUGAUCCUGGCCCUGGUAGCAGUAAGAAAAGCCAUGGACUACCUCUUCUCCCAGCAUGACUUAAGCUUUCUUGACGACGUCAUUCCAGAAAAGGACAAGAAGAAGAAAGAGGACGAGAAGAAGAAGAAAAAGAAGAAGGGCAGUGUGGACAGUGACAAUGAUGAUUCUGACUGCCCCUACUCAGAAAAAGUCCCAAGUAUUAAAAUACCAAUGGACAUCAUGGAGCAGGAACCUUUCCUAAGUGAUAGCAAACCUGCCGACAGAGAAAAAUCACCAACAUUCCUUGAACGCCACACGUCGUGCUGAUACAAUUCCUUUCCUUCAAUCACACGCCAUGCCAAGCCCUCCACGAACUCCAGUAAAAGUUGUGCCUCAAAUUAGAAUAGAACUUGAGCCUGAAGACAAUGGUUAUUUCUGGAGGAGCAAGGGAACAGAAACUACUUUGUAAUUUGUCUGUCUGUCCAAUCUUCCAUGGAAUUUAUUUUGUCACUAGCCAAAUAUUAAAAAGCACCCUGCUCCCCGCUGGCAAAG